AAUAGCACAAAAUUAGUAUUAAAAACAGCACAAAAUUAGAUAAAAAUAUUAUUACAUGAUAAAUAGUCCCAAAAUAUCGUAAGACACUUUCUGAUCUCUUCUUAGCGCCAAGCUUCACCGUGACUGAAGACGACCGGAUCGAAUUCCAGACACAAAGAUCCUUAAUCUCCACUCCAUCUCCUACGGAUCUGCAUAAAUGGCGGUUACUCACUGAUUCAGACACGGAAAAAGGAAAAAGCUUUCUGCUUAACUUUUGCAUUACUUUUAAUGGCGGUUCCUCAAAACGGCAAGUCCUUCUUCUUCCGCUUCUCCUUUUUAAUCUCCCUCACUUUACUUUUUGUUUCGCCGUCGUAUGCCAACGAGUCGCCGGUUAUAGUUGAUCCGACUCCAUACGAAACCGUAGAUGUUUCCACCGAUGUAGCUGUUUCGGUUAGUGAAUCCAAUCGAGAAGCUGUUCUAUUGCAUAAACUGGAGGCACUCGUCAAGAAUCUGACGGAAUUAGUCGCUAAUCUAGAUGCUAGGUUAUCUGAAACUCAGGAAUCGCCAUUAAUGGAGAAGAACGAGAUCACUAGAUCAGGUGAUGAAAUGGAAGAUGAGAAAGAGAGAGGAGGAAGAGCAAAGGCGUUUUCGGUUACUAAAUACAGCCCUUUUUGGUCGGAGAGGUUUUUGUUCACAUCAGCUGUGAAACUCGAUUCCGAUGCGACUUGUAUCAAUGUGCUGCCGUUUAAGGACUUCGAAGGUUCGAGCAAAUACUUUGCGAUUGGUGAUUCUCGAGGCAGGGUUUAUGUGUUCUUGAGAAAUGGUGAUGUUUUGAUUGAGUUUUUCACCACGGUUGAUUCACCGAUAACUGCUAUGGUUUCGUAUUUGUCUGUGUUCAAGAACUCGAGUUUCGUGGUCACGGGCCAUCAGAACGGUGCGGUUUUGCUGCAUCGGAUCCACGAGGGAUCCAACGGCGAAGAUUGGAACUCGAACUCGGUUUCGAUGGAAGUUGUUGGCAAAUUUGAUGUGGAUGAUUCGGCUGAUCCUGUGACUCUAUUAGAAGUGCAUCAUGUUGGUCGUGUUAGGUAUAUAUUGGCGACGGAUUUAAGCGGAAAGCUCACGGUUUUAACCGAGAACAGAACGGUUUAUGGGUCGGUUAUGCCAUCGAGUAGACCGCUCGUGUUCUUGAAGCAGAGACUGUUGUUUCUCACCGAGUCUGGUGCUGGGUUCGUUACUUUGAGGAGUAUGAAGAUAAGAGAAACAGAGUGUGAAGGACUAAACCAUUCAAUCGCGAGAACCUAUGUUUUCGAUGCCACGGAAAGGUCUAAAGCUUACGGAUUCACAUCCGAGGGAGAAAUCAUUCACGUGUUGCUUCACGGAGAUAUAAUGAACUUCAAAUGUAGAGUAAGAUCCAAGAAAAAGUUUCAAAUGGAAGAGCCAGUAGCUUUACAGUCAAUCAAAGGCUACCUUCUCGUAAUCAACGAAGAAAAGGUUUUCGCUUUCAACGUAUCGACUCAGCAUUACGUCCGAACAGCAGGUCCUCGGCUUUUGUUUUCCGCGGGAUUAGAAGAGAUCAGAUCAGCGUUCUUGAGCCAUCGUCAAUCUUAUUCAAGAAACGUAGCAGCAGUAAAGGCGAGACCUUUGAUCGCUAGCGACAGAGAAAAUCUUGUCGUGAUCGGUUUAGGAGACGGGUAUUUCGCGGUUUAUAAGUCGAAGCUUACGAGUCUCAAAGGUGAUUUCAACACGAUGCUUUGGAGCAGUCCAGUGUUCUUCUUCAUACUGUUUCUGUUCGGAGCUUGGCAUUUCUUCGCCAAGAAGAAAGAGUCGCUCACCGCGUGGGGGCCAGAUGAUCCUUUUACACAAACCGCAGGACAAAACAGUUCCGCGAAAGAACCGUCUUUUACUGAACCUUCUAGAAGAAACGAUGACCUCAUGGAUCUACGGAGAAGAUACGCUGGUGGGUCUUCGUACCGGUCAGUUGGAGCUAACGACCAAAGCUCGAGAGCUCCGGUGGAUGGAGGCUACAGAACAACCGCACAGGAUCAUAACAACUACCGUGGCGGGUCGGGUCUUGAUUCAAGCGGGUUUGGUAAUAGAAGAGAUAGUUUGUUUGGUAACAGCAAAGUAUUGGACGACGAAAGUUGAGUCUUUUUGGAUUUCUUGCAUAUUCCCAAGCUUUGUUUAAGUUUUGACAUGGAACCAACUGUUACUUGAACAAGUUAUAUAAUCUUUGUAACGCAAAAGUUUUUUUGUUCCUCGUUCGUUUUUUUUUU